AUUUCCUCUUCACGAUGGUGGAGUCCACAGCUUCUGGUGUGUUCUGUAACAGGAUGCUGAGCAUGGUGAACUCUGAGGAUGUGAAUGCCAUCAUCCAGGCUCAGAGACACAUGCUGGAUCGCUUUGAGAAAACGAAUGAAAUGCUGAUCAACUUUAAUGGGCUCUCGAAUGUGCGACUGCAGCAGAUGAACGAGCGCUUCCUGCUCCACACCCGCACCCUGGUAGAGAUGAAGAAAGACUUGGACGGCAUUUUCAGGAGGAUCAGGACAUUAAAAGGGAAGAUUGCUAAGCAGUACCCAGAUGCUUUCAGCAAUGUGCACGAGUCGCCCAUUUUGGACGACGACGAUGACGAAUUUGACCCAAUGCCUCCAAGUUUUACCACAACAGCCACAUCAGAGCAGAGCACAGAGUCCUGCGACACGAGUCCUGACGUGAUUUCUCCCACCGUGAGCCGCUGCUCCGAGGAUCUGUCUCAGGAGCCGGCCGACACGCCCACUUCUGCUGUCUUAGAGACAGCAGUCCUACGGGAAGAGGGUCCCGACUCUGCAUCUGCAGAGUAGAGCGGAAAUAGAUUUCUGUCGCUUCAAACUGAAAGUUAUUUAGCAGCAGGCUGUGUUGUAAAUGUAAGUGAAGGUUGACCUUUGUAAUAUUUGUUUUAUAGUGUUUAAUCUGUUUACGGUCACAUGCUUGAUGUUAGAGAUUUAAAUAAACUCUCCAAGAGAAUAUUUAUUUUAUUUUUUUUUGACCUGGUUACUUGUUUUAUGUCUGCAGCAACUAAGUCACACCAAAAAUACUUGAAGUUGAAUGUUUCUGAGUGUGUUGUAGUAGUGGUGAAUCUGAGCAAAAGUGUUCAAAUGAUUAUGUAAAUGUAGGCAAGCUUACGUGUUGUUUUGGUUUGACUGAGGACACAAGUUUUCUUUCAUGAUGAUGUAGUCAAAAUGCACAAAAUCUCAUAUUUUUAACCUGAAUAUAAGGAAGCGAUUCUCAGUACGACCUAAUAUUUACCAAUAAUAUUUGACAGGCACCUUUAUAGAACCCAUUUCUUAAUGCCUUCAUAACUGUUUACUCAUGCUGUAUAUGUUUGAAAAGUAAAAUAAACAUUUCUGUAUUAAAAGAGAUAUCUGUUGUUA